UACAUCUUAUGUGUGUAGGAACAUACAGCAAAAUAUGUUGCGUUAAUACAUAAAAAACGUAAUCUGAGGCUUGAGCAGAAUGAGCUCAUUCGGCCCAUCGAACCUGUUCUCCCAUUCGAUCCUUCCUAAUCACUAACAUAUUAAUCUCCGCUUUAAAUAUAAGCAGCAACAGCAAAACCCACACCCUCUCGCACCCUUUUACCCCACUCCGAAUUUAUAUAUCCCUGUGCCGGUGUGGCCAGUACUAAAGAUGGUAGCGGCCGAAUGUGGAGUUGCCAGUAUCUGUGACGUAAGGCGUGGCCGCGGUGCGUGCCGGGCCGGGUGUCCGGGAGCCGGAGGUCCACCAUGAAGCUCCUCAGCAAGAUGAUCGAGCGGGACAACUCGGGCCAGGUGACUUUGAUGCCAGAGGAAGCUGAGGACAUGUGGCACACCUACAAUCUCCUUGGCGUGAACGACAGCUUGAGGGCUUCCACCAUCAGGAAGGUGCAGACAGAAUCGGCGACGGGCAGCGUAGGCAGUAAUCGCGUCCGCACAACCCUCACCAUCUGUGUGGAGAAUAUCGACUUUGACGUCCAGGCAUGCAUGCUGAGAGUGAAAGGGACCAACAUCCAGGAGAAUGAGUACGUGAAGAUGGGUGCCUACCACACCAUCGAGCUGGAGAUGAACCGGAAGUUCACACUGGCCAAGAAGCAGUGGGACAGUGUGGUUUUGGACCGGAUUGAACAGGCAUGUGACCCAGCGCAAAGUGCAGAUGUGGCGGCUGUGGUGAUGCAGGAGGGUCUGGCGCACAUCUGCUUGGUGACGUCCUGUAUGACGGUGCUGAGGGCCAAGGUGGAGAGCACAAUCCCCAGGAAACGGAAAGGCAGCUGUUCUCAGCACGACAAGGCCCUGGAGAGGUUCUACGAGUCCGUCAUGCAGGGGAUCAUUCGACACAUCAACUUCGAUGUGGUGAAGUGUGUGCUGAUAGCCAGCCCUGGUUUCGUCAAAGAACACUUCUGCAAUUACAUGUUUGACCAGGCAGUGAAGUCCGAUAUCCGGCUCAUCCUCGACAACCGCUCCAAGUUCUUACAGGUUCACUCCUCCUCUGGGCACAAGUACGCCCUCAAAGAGGUACUCUGUGACCCCAACGUGACAGGACGACUGGCCAACACAAAGGCAGCUGGGGAGGUGAAAGCGCUAGAAGAUUUCUACAAGAUGCUGAAACAAGAGCCAGACCGAGCCUUCUACGGGGUGAAGCAAGUGGAGCAUGCAAAUGAGGCCCUGGCUGUGGAAACCCUCCUCAUUUCUGACAAUCUCUUCAGGAGCCAAGACAUCGCACAGCGAAAUCGCUAUGUCAAACUGGUGGACAGCGUGCGUGAUAACGGGGGAACUAUAAGGAUGUUUUCCAGUCUCCACGUCUCCGGAGAACAGCUCAGCCAGCUGACCGGAGUAGCUGCCAUUCUCCGAUUCCCGGUUCCCGAUCUCUCGGACCAAGAUGAUUCCGGCUCGGAUGGCGACUAAAAGCAACUGAAGCCAUGCUUCCCGUUCAGACAGGCCUCUCUCCUGCCUUGGAUUUGUGUCUGCAGGGAGUGGGGACGAAGGGGAGAGAGAAGCAGCCGUUCCGGAGGAAGGGAGAGAGCUUGGAACCCCCUCCCUCCCCUGGACUGUUUUACUACAAUCUCCAGCACAGACUCAAAAUCAGAGGCAGUGGCCUUAUGGUGGGACAAUGGGGGGGGGGGGGGGCAUGUCGACUAAUAUUAAAACCAGAAGCAGCA